AUGCCCGAUGUCCGCGGCGCCGCGGGCCGCGGCGCGGGAGAGCGGAAGGGGCGCGGCGGGCGCGGCGGCGGUCCCCCGCGAGACGCCGCGGACGAGGACGGGCGCGGCCAGCAGGGCGAGGUCGAGCACCUGGAGGCGCAGCAGGGCGGAAGGCCCGCCGGCGAGCCCGAGGGGAGGGCCACCAGGACCAACGCGAAGCACAUCAACGCCGCGCUUGUGAAGGCGGCGGACGUGGGUGACAUCUCAGGCCUCCUCAACAUCGCCGCCGCCAACCUCAACGACAUGACCUGCGUCAACAUCAGCACUGCGCUGCACAAGCUCGCCCGUCUGGCGAGGGACGGCCGCGUCGUCAGCGCCAGCGACCACCGCUUCGCCGCGCUGCACGCGCGGACGGAGUGGGAGCUGUGCCGGCAGGUGCGCGAGGGCAGCAACGCAGAGGUCCUCCCCCGCUGCUGGUCGACCAUAGCCUGGGCCUACGGGAAGAUACAGGCGGAAGGCAUCGAGGCCACGGGCAUUUUCAACGCCCUGAGCCAGCUCUCGCUGCCGUACAUGGACAGGUUCCAUCCGUUCGAGCUCACCAACCUCAUCUGGGGCUUCGCCAAGAUGCAGGCCCCCAACUUCCGGCUCUUCCAGGCCGCGCAGCAGCACGUCCUCGGGUGCGUCUCCCAGUUUUCCGCCGCGAACCUGUCCACGGUGGCCUGGGCGUGCGUGACGGCCAGGAGAUGGCAGUGCAACGUGCUGCAGCAGAUCGCCGAGGAGUUUGUUCGGCAGCUGCCAGCAGCGCAGGCGAAUCGCCAGGUCAGCCCCGUGGAGAUCUCGAACCUCAUGUGGAGCUUGGCGACGGCCAGCGUGCAGGUGGGCGGGCUCGUGCCGGAGACCGUGGGCGACGUGGCGUUGCAGCUGCUGGGGGAGUUCAAGAUCCAGGAGCUCUCCAUCACCACCUGGGCCUUCUCCCGCCUGGACAUCCGCCACGACCGCCUCUUCGCCGCCGCCGCGUGGCACGUGCAGCACUCGCCCGGGCUGCAGCAGCAGGUCCACUCCCAGGGCGUGGCCAACUUGCUCUGGGCGUUCGAAAAGCAAAAGGGCAUGGGCAGCGCCGCCUCUCAGCAGCUCGAGGCCGCCGUGUACGUGCUGCUGCCGGCGUGCAGGCGGCUGCUGCCGCAGCUCAAGCAGCAGGAGUUCGCCUGCGUCUUCCGGGCACUGGGGCGAAUGGGGUUGUGCUGGGGCAGCCACCCCGAGGGCGACGCCCUGUUCGCAGCCGGCGCCGAGGCAAGGUACCAGCUGCUUUGCACAUUGUCGGUCCCGCAGGUGAUGGACAUCCUGGAGGCAUUCACCAGGUUCCUUCGACACGGAGGUGGCCACGAACACAGGCCCCCGGCGUUCGCCGACUUUCUCGCGUCCCUCGUUCACCUCUGCCUGGAGAAGGUGGGGGAGCUGAAGAGCCCCUCCGUCACGCACCUCGUCUGCGAGACCGCGGCCGCGACGCCGCUCCUGGGACGGCACCGCGCGCACCUGGUGGCCUCCAUCGCGGCCCUGGCCCUCCGGCUGGGGCCCGAGAGCUUCCAGCCCUCCGGGCAGGCCACGCUCGCGGCGAUGUGCGGCCUGGUGCCGCAGGAGGCUGGCGUGCCGCGGCUGCGCCACGAACUCGCCCAGCUGGCCGAGGGCGCGGGCGCGGCGCCCGCCGGCCCCGUGCAGGAGGUGGACGCCCCGCCGCCGCCCCGCGCCGCUGGCCCCUGCGGCUGCCACGGGCCCACCCCCGGCUGGCAGCACGACGCUCCGCAGGCGCAGUGGGCGGAACCGCCGCCCCACUCCGCGGCCUACCGCGGGGCCGGCGCGCCGUGGCAGCCGCAGGGGCCGCCCGCCGAGCGGCCCGACGCGGGGGCCCCGUGGCAGCAGGACGCGCCGCCGCCGCCAGGCUACCCAGCGCCGAGCGGCGGCGCCCGCGGCGGGUGCGGGCGCCGCGGGGCGGAGGGCGCCUGGCCGCACGCCGCGCCCCGACCGCCCGGGCGGCACCACGGCUGGGGGGGCCCGGAGCCCUACGCGGGCGGCGGCUGGGGCGGGGGGGCCGCGGCGGGCCCGCGCUACGCAGAGCUGGGCGCCGCGCCGCCGCCGGGGGGCUGCUUCCAGGGCCCGCAGCGCCACGCCGCCGACGCGCCGUUCGGCCAGGGGGCGGCGGGCAGCCCGUGCGGCCAUGGGCUGGCGGCGCCCCACCCGCAGGCCGAGCCGGGCCAGCGCCGCGGCUCGGGCGGCGGCAGGCAGGGCGGACCGCCCGGGGCCCACGUGCGCCAGCAGCGCGGCGGCGCCUUCGUCGGCGCGGCGGGCCCGCUGCCGCCCCAGCCGGAUCAGGACUGGCGUGGUCACCCCGACAUGCUUGCCGGCGGCCCGCCGGAGCCGCAGCCGCCCUGGUGGGGCGACGCGCGACAGCGCUCGCCGCCCGACGUCGGCGAGCCAGGCAUGUACGGCGCCCCGCCGCAGGGCUACCCGGCGCAGCCGCCGGGGAUGCCCGACGGCUACCCGCCGCAGCAGCCGGGGAGGCCCGAGGGGUACCCGCCGCAGCCGCCGCCAGGCGCGGCCGAGGCGUACCCGGCGCCGGCGCGGCCAGCGCCUGGGAUGGCAGACGGCUUCUCCGCGCAGCCGCUGGCCGUGGAAGGCCUUCCGAGGCAGCCCGCUGGGGCGUGUGCCUCCCUGCCGCUGGCCGCCGAAGGCGGCCCGCCCCAGGCGGCCUCCGCGCCGUCCGCGCCGCCCCACCUGCAGGGCGGCGGCUGCGGGCUCGGCCAGGACACCGCCUGCCGCCUCUCGCAGCAGUCUUUCUUCGAGCCUGCCGAGUCCGGGGACCAAUUGGGCGGAGGAGUAUGGCAGCGUCAGGCGCCCGCGGGCUACACGGUCAAGAACACGUUCAUUGAAGACAAUGAGGACGCCGACGGCGAGGAGGUGGCGCGGCGGCGCCUGCACGCCUUUGCCUUCCGAUCCGAAAGGCCCGCACAGAGGCGCCUGCCGGGGCUGGCCGACGAACCCUCGGAAGCUGGGGCCGCGGCGCCCAGCUGGCAGCAGCAGCUGCCCAAGCAGCUGCCCCGCCCCAAGUCGAUCUCCCAGGCUGGUGCCUCCGCGACGAUCCUGGAGGGCCGCCGCGCCGACCUCGGGCCGCAGGACGGUGGGUCAAGCGGCGUCCUCGACAACGUCGAGGUCAUGCUCGGUCAGGAGCUGCGGUCGGCGCUGGCUGGCACCCUCAGGGCACCUCUCAGCCGCCAGGCGAGGGCCGAGCAGGCGGCCGCCGCCCCGUCGGACUCGCGCCCCGCGGCCCAGCCUGCCAAGACGCCGCUGAACCCCGAGGCGCUGGAGCGGAAGCUCAACGCGCUCCUCGCCACCACCAGCGAGGGCGAGCUGCCCGUGCAGGGCGGCGGCCAGGCCGCCGCGCCCGCGGCGGGCGCGGCGUCCGGCUCUGCCCAGGCGGCCGUGCCCGCGACGAUCGCGCCCGCGGCCAGCGGGCCGCAGCCGAGCAGGCACCAGCAGGCGAGGCUCGCGGCUACUCCAGAGCUCUCCAGGCUUGGUACGGGCGAGAAGGACCCGGCCAGCUACGUUGUGAAGAACACGUUCAUCGAGGCCCCCGACGAGGGUGGCGAUGAGUCCGAGGCCCUGCGGGAACGCUUGCUGCGUUUCCGCUCGGAGCAGCCGCGCGCGAGCGAAAAAGGCCGCGUGGCCGGGCGCCCCCUGUGCGGCCUUGCCUCCUUCUCGGC